CCGGGGCGGAGGCGGCCGGGGCGAUGCCGGGGCUGGUGCGGGAGCUGCGGCUGCGGGCCGGGCCGGCGCUGCGGCUGGAGCAGCGGGCGGCGGGCGGGGAGGGCUCCGUGGUGUGGGACGCGGCGCUGGUGCUCGCCAAGUUCCUGGAGCGCGGGGCGCCGCCGCUCCCCCGCAGCCGCGUCCUGGAGCUCGGGGCGGGCACGGGCGCUGUGGGCAUCAUGGCCGCGGCCCUGGGGGCGAAUGUGACGCUCACUGACCUCGAGGAGCUGCAGGAGCUGCUGGCAGUGAACAUCGAGAUGAACCGGCACCUGGUGACGGGGUCCAUCCAAGCCAAGGUACUGAAAUGGGGUGAAGAUGUAUCAGAGUUUCAGCCUCCCCCUGAUUACAUUCUGAUGGCUGAUUGCAUUUACUACGAGGAGUCUUUAGAACCUCUCCUGAAGACGCUGAAAGACCUCACUGGCCCCGAAACAUGCGUCUUGUGCUGUUAUGAACAGAGGACUAUGGGAAAGAAUCCUGAAAUUGAGAGGAGGUACUUGGAGCUGCUGCAGGUGGACUUUGAGCUGGAAAAAAUUCCCUUGGAUAAGCACGAUGAGGAGUACCGCAGCGCAGACAUUCAUAUCCUGAACAUCCACAGGAAACCAACGAGUUUUCCAUCUUGAGAUCUCCAACCACAUCAUCCGUCCUCUGGCCACUGGGAGAGCUGUGGAGAAGAGGGAGAGGGUGUAGAAUAACACUGCAGAGGGACUGUCUCCAGUGUGGUCUGUGACUCAUCUGUGGAAAAUGGCUUCUUGGUGGUGAGCUUAGCACGGGGCAUUGGCUGAAGAGGGCUCAUUGGACUCAAUCCGCUGCUAUCACCUUCCAGGCAAGGCCGUGAGCUCUCGAUGGCUGCAGGCUGGGGCAGAAAACACAACCAGAGCUUCACCCAGAGCAGCGCUGAGUGCGUGUUUUGGUCACCUCUGCUGCUCAACCACUUGUUGGAGCUGUGAGCAGCUUGCCAAGUGCUCAUGGAGCAGAUCCACAACACCACACCGGUCUCUCUAUCAGGAGAAAACUGCAAGUGGGCUCAAUCACCCAGCCCCAGUUGGCCAGUCAAUAAAACUUCUGCACCUGAGAUGUUAUUUUUUCCCAAGUUCUGGUUUCUGUGUCAUUCCUGCAUUGUAGAGAUCCUGGGAGUCUCAUUCCAGGAGUAGGUUGUCCUGGAGGUGGGUGCUGUAUGGACACAACACAAUUGCACAAUGGUUUUGUUUGGAAAAGACCUUUAAGAUCACUGAGUACAAGCAGGCCUGGACCGAUGGUAAGUCUGCCACCAGAUUAUGUCCUCAAGUAUGACAUCUACCCAUCUUUUAAACCCCUCCAGAGACUGGGACUCCACCUCCCUGGGCAGCCUCUGCCAAUGCUCAACCCUUUCAGUAAAGAAAUCCCUGAUAGCCAACCUAAAUCUCCCCUGGUGCAUCUCGAGGCCAUUUCCCCUUGUCCUGUCACUUGUUACCCUGUGCAGAAUAAUUCUUCCUUUCCAUUCCACCUGUGCUUUUCCGCUACAAAGAUCUGCAGCGUUAAAACGUGACACCUUCUGGUGAGCAGGUUCGCUGUGGCUGUUGAUAUUCCUCACCACGCUGCCUCUUGCUGCGCAGCGAUGGCUUUGAGAUUCCAUUUCAAAGGAAGUGGCUCUGUAGUAGAAGCGGCCGUGGCUGCCUGCGUCAUCCCGCAGCCCCGCGUGCGUGCUCUGAAAGUUGGACUGCUGCAGUUCCUCCCUCCCUGCACACGGCAUGAGCGGUCCCUGCGUCACAAACCUGAAUAUUUAAGCUAAAUCUGCCAAGUUUCCUCCAAACCUUGGCUGCUGGUUUGGGGGGAGCUUUGCUUGCAGCCACCCAGGUGCUUCCCAGACCCACCCAGAGCUUGGAUUCCCUUUGUCGUGGGUGAGAGCCUUCCUUGUAAACUUCACACUCCACAAAGUGCUCCCCUGGCUGGCAAAACACAACAGCGGUGAGGAGUGAAUGCACAGCAAAGCGAGAACGUAAUUUGUUGUAACUGCACAUGUUAUUUGUUAACUUGUUAAUGAAAAGAGCUCCUUAAUUAACCGGUGGCCUGCAGGAAGAUGUUUACUGGUGUGCUUAUGCUGACAUGGCUUUCCUGGUAGAGAGGCUUGUUCCAAAUGAGGUGCCCAAAGGUGCGCUGUACGGAUAAUGUGGGAGCCGUGCCCUUCUCUGGUGGCAUCUCCCUGUAGAUGCAGCCUCUUCGCUGAGCACAGACACUUGGGAAGAGGGGAGCAGCAUUUCUCAGGGAUUUUGGCAAUGGGAUAAUUGUAUUUUAUCUGCAGGGCGUGUGAUUUCGGCACUUCCUUUGCAUACGGGCUCGGAUCUCUUUCAGGAGAAAAGGAGGAAGUUGUGCUUUGCUCUUGUCCGUGCGCAGCCGCCGGCUGCUCCUCUGUACCGGCAGCUUUGUGCCUGCAAUGCUCCGGCUGGGAAUGUUGUCAGGCAAGAGGGACCUUGUGAGGACCAGGUCCUGCCACCUCUCGUGCCUUCUCCCCAUCACCGGCUGCACCCACAGCAUAAAGGAAUGUAAACCCCAAUGGCUUCUGCUGCUGCUGCUCGCUCUCUGCAGCGAGGAAACCGCCACGAACCCGGGCAGCAGGAGAGCGGUCAUGUGCGCAGCAGCUGUGUCUUGGCCCUGCAGCCACCAGAUGAAAUGGCUGCUUUUUUGGGAGAAAAAAGUGCUCUUGGCAAAGAGGUUGGGAUCCUCCAGCCUGGGCUGAGCUCAGAGUGACUGGGGAGGGGGUGCCUUGGUGGCUGCCGUGGCGCAGGGAUUGCAGCUCUUAACUAGGAGCAAGCGUGGGGCCCUGAUGGAAAAGGGAUGUUGAGGGAGAUGCUGGUCCUGCUCCUUGCUGGGUGCUCCGCUCCCUCACCCAUCCCGUUUGUCUCGGUUCUGUCCCCUCAGGAAGAGGGUGUGAGCUCUCACCUAUAGACACGGCGUCUCUUCAGUGAGGGUUGGCUGUGGUGCCAGCCCCAAACUGCCCAGCGCUCUGCACGUGAGAAAGCUCAUCCCUCCCUUGGCUCCAAAGGGUGUGCAGCACCAAAGCCACGGGGCCUGAGCAUCACCCAUGGCGUUGUCCUGCCAAAGUUUGAGAAGAGAGAGAGCAGCAAACCUCAGCUCUCGCUGUACCACAGUGGUGGGAGCCAGAUUGGUGCC